AUGGGUGAUGUGAACAUCAAUAUGCUCAGCGGUGACGCAUCCAGUGAAAAUUUGGAUCUGUCCUUCGCGCACUUCUUGCACGACUGGGUGGCUCUGCAGUUCACGCACCACAUGAUGACCCAGCAGUCCGCUCGAGCCGGUUAUCAGGACAACCCGGACAGGUCGAUGGCUUCCACCAGUGCUGCAUUGUUUCAAAAGGUAUACCCCAUGGUUCACUCACCAAGGGGCAUUUGCCUCAUCAUCAACAACCACGACUUUGGAGAUUCAAAGCGCGAGGGAUCGGAGCACGAUGUACGCCGCAUGAGAUAUCUCUUCGAAGCGCUCCACUUCAAAUGCAUUGUGCACUGGGACCUUCCUGAAUCUGAGAUGAAAAAGAAGGUGGAGGAGGUAGCCGCACUCAAAGAGCAUGAGGUGGCUGAUUGCCUCGUGGUCAUCCUCAUGUCGCACGGUGAGCAGAACAUGAUCUACGGUGUGGAUCGUGGGAAGCUGCACUUGGAGAACGAUAUCAUCUCCCUGUUCGACGACGAAAACUGCCCAGCCCUUCGGGGAAAGCCCAAGGUGUUCUUCAUCCAGGAAAGAGCGGAGUAUGCAAGCUACCUGGAAAAGCAGCAGAAGGGCGGCGCGUCUAGCCAUCAGAAAGGGCUGCUGAAGAUGGUGGGGAAGGAACUACAGGCGGGGAAAGCGGGCCGCGUACUUUUAAAGCUCACAUGUCUAGUUUAA